UCUCGGCAGCACUAAGAUACAGGCUUACUGUGACUGAAACCUGGAGCUUCUCUCUUAAACCUAAAAAACAAGACUAAAAAGAGAAACUUAGACUGGGAGAGCAAACAAGAAAGAGACACGACUUGUCCGGGAAGAUGGGAAACUGACCUCAUCCAAGAUUUUGAAUCUUCAGUGGGGGGAAGAAAGAGGAGCAAGGACAAGCCUGAGGAUACUACAGAUUAUGUUGCCAUGGAAACCAAAACCUGGAAGCGGACGCAAGGACCACUAAAGGUGGACAACCUCCCUUGACUGCAUCCUCAACGCGUUACUGUCCCGCUGCGCACUGUGGUGAGAGAAUGCUGUGGAGAAUAACUAUCCCAGUCAUACUGGCUGGGGUGCUCUGCAUCACCGCAGAGACCAAAAAGCCACGCCCCCAAGGAUCCAUCCCAUCCCCACACAAGACCAAAGGGAACCUGUCCUCGGAACGUCACCACCGGCUAUUGCAGCAGAAACCAGAGGUGCUGUCCUCCAGCCGGGAGGCCUUGGUGGUAACAGAGCGCCGCUACCUCCGCAGAGACUGGUGCAAGACCCAACCCCUCCGUCAGACAAUCAGUGAGGAGGGUUGCCGCAGCCGCACUGUGGUCAACCGUUUUUGCUACGGCCAGUGUAACUCCUUCUACAUCCCCCGCCAUAUGGGCCCCAGCUCGGGUCAGGGUCAGAACCGAGGCCAAGCCUCAGGCUCUGGAAGGAAAAGUCACAACAAGGCCCAGGAGCCAUUCCAGUCCUGCUCCUUCUGCAGGCCACACCGCAUCACACAGCUCACAGUGCAGCUGGACUGCCCAGACCUGCAGCCCCCUUUCAGGCACCGUAAGGUGCAGAGGGUCAAACAGUGUCGCUGCAUGUCUGUGGAGGUGGGCGGCCACGGGAAACUGUGAAGGACUGAAAAGGUCUCUGAACUGACAUCACAUGAGCAUUGUCAAAGGCAUAAACUGACAAACUCUGCCAAACAAAGACUGGCACCAAGGUGAACUAUUCUGCGUCAUGUUGUACAAAUAAUGGCUCUUCCCACAAUAAAAUGACAUGAAGCAUGGAACUGGUAUUAUUCAGAGGCUCAACAUCGAUAUAAUGAGACUAGCAGCCAUGUUGGCAAGCUGAUGCUGUUGAAAGAGACUGAUUCAAGAGGCUGUGCAAGAGACACUGAUGAUGAAGCAACCAAUGCUCAACAUUAAACACGUUUUUCCUCCCUCGUAUAUACUGGCUAUUUGUCAUUAGCUCCCUUUGUGAUUAAGGAGUUAAGAAAGUGCCUCUGAGUUUUAAAAAUCACAAAACAUCAUGGACGCUGCUGAGAAUUCUGUAGAAGUUUGACCUCUUUUAAAAGUUUCUUGAAUUACAGUUUUCCAGCUAUGUUUUUACCUGUAGAUGUUGACAGUGUUUUACAAGUAUUGGCUCUCUUGUCCUGUAUCUUCUCCUGAACGUCUGUGAUGUCCCAAAUGAUACAUAAGUUGAUUUCAAGGAAAAGAUUUCAAGGAACAUGAAGCCACACAGCAAUGACCAGUGGCAUCCACCUGUUCGGACACAAGCCUGGCUGUAUGCUGUACAUGCCACAAAUAUACUAGCCAGUAGGAAAAACAUAUUGAAGCAUGUGUAAUGGAGGUGCAAUUCAAUAUAUACAGUAUAUAUAUUUUAUGUAUGUGUGUAUGUAUGU